AUGUAUGUAAGAAGUAGAAUAUCAGCUGUGCCGUUUUGUUAGUUGGUCGUUUCAGAUUUUUAGGUUGAUUAUCAAGAAAUCGCAAUCCUUAUAAAUUCUAAUGAUAUUGUGGACAAUUUAUAGCUGUGUCAAGCGAGGGUAGAAUGGCCAACAAAUCUAAAUCCAACAGACUACAAGAAAUUUUCGACAACAUGGAGUAUGGACCAGCUCUCGAAGAGAAGAAAAUACUUGAUGCAUGGCUAGCUGAUCACAAUGGCAAAUUUGGUCAUUUCAUCAACAAUGAAUUUGUCAUAGAUGACAAUGGCAAAUUUGUUGACUCGAUUGACCCUGCCACUGGCCUUGUUUUGGCUCAGACUUGCCAAGGAACUGAAGAAGAUGUUGAUGCAGCUGUUAAAGCUGCUGCUGCAGCCUAUGAGUCCUGGUCAAAGCUUUCUGGUCAUGCAAGAGCAAGACAUCUUUACAGCUUUGCCCGUCAUGUGCAGAAGCACAGCCGGUUGUUAGCUGUGUUGGAGUCGUGUGACAACGGCAAGAGUAUCAGGGAAGCACGUGAUUGUGAUGUUCCUCUGGUGGUGCGUCACCUCUACUACCAUGCAGGCUGGGCCCAACUGCUGGACACAGAGCUGCAUAACUGGAAGAGUAUUGGUGUUGUGGGAGCAAUUGUUCCCUGGAACUUCCCCCUGAUGUUACUCUCAUGGAAACUGUGUCCUGCGUUGGCUGCUGGCAACACAGUUGUGUUGAAGCCUGCCACCAACACGAGGUUGAGCGCUCUGCUUCUUGCUCAAAUUGCCGCUGAGGCAGGUUUGCCUGCCGGAGUCUUCAAUGUAGUGACGGGAGGAGGACAGCUGGGGUCGCAGCUCGCCUCGCACGCCCUUGUAGACAAGGUUGCCUUCACAGGCUCUACUGAAGUGGGGCAGCUGCUCAGGCGUCUUACUGCUGGCACUGGCAAGAAGCUGUCUUUGGAGCUUGGUGGCAAGAGUCCUGUCAUUAUCUUUGAUUCUGCUGACAUUGACUCAGCAGUUGAAGGCGUUGUGGACGCGAUCUGGUUCAACCAGGGACAGGUAUGUUCAGCGGGAUCGCGGCUGCUGGUGCAGGAGUCUGUGUACGAGGAGGUACUGAAGAAGCUCAAGAAGCGUAUGCAGCAGCUGCGUGUCGGCAACUCACUGGACAAGACCGUUGACAUGGCGGCCGUGGUGUCCGAGCAACAACGGCAAUCUAUUGAAGACUGCGUCAAUGGCGCCAGGGAGGAAGGCGCUCAGGUCUUCCAAGUUGAUGCCCCGACAGGAUGCUUCUACCCUCCCACACUUAUUACUGACGUAUCUCCGGCAAGCGCAUGUGUUGUUAACGAGAUUUUUGGACCAGUGCUUGUGGCCAUGUCUUUCAGAACGGCAAAGGAGGCCAUCGGCCUAGCGAACAAUUCUAUCUACGGACUUGCGGCGUCCGUGUUCAGUGAGCGUCUCACCCUAGCUCUCGAGACUGCCAAACAUCUGCAAGCUGGCGCAGUGUGGAUCAACGGCCACAACAUCUUUGACGCUGCUGCUGGCUUUGGUGGCUACCGUCAGAGUGGCUUUGGACGUGACGGUGGAAAAGAAGGCUUAUAUGAAUACAUAAAGCCUAAGUGGCAACCUCAACUCAGGUUCUCUAAGCCUGACUUGGAUCUGAAGACGUUCGGAAGUCAAUAUAGCGCGGACCGGCCAUCUUUGAAGCCUCGCGCUGAUGCAGGCUUGGCGACAGUCUUGGCGAGCGACUCGUCUUCCCUGCCUCGUGUUGACCGAACUUACAAACUCUACUAUGGCGGUGGCCAGAAGCGGCCUGAUGCCAACUAUAGCAGAGUUCUUCGUGAUCCCAGUGGACUGGCCUUUGCUCUUGUUGCUGAAGCUAACAGGAAGGACGUACGUAAUGCCGUUGAAGCGGCCGCUAAAGCGCAGCCUGGCUGGGGCAAGCGCUCAGGUUUCAACAGAUCACAAAUCCUCUUCUAUCUCGCUGAGAACCUCGAGCAGCGCCGUAAUGAGUUUGUGGAUCACCUCAGCGCGCUUACAGGUGAAUCAGAGAGUUCAGCAGAGGCCGAAGUAACAGCAAGCAUUGAGCGGCUGUUCAUUUGGGCUUCGUACUGCGACAAACAUGGCGGCACAGUGCAGGAAACGACGCUGUAUGGGACGGUGGUGCGCCUCAAUGAACCAGUAGGAGUCAUAGCCAUCGCGUGCCCUGACACCGCCCCACUGCUGGCCUUCAUAUCGUUGGUGGGCGCGGCCGUGGCGCGCGGCAACGCUGUUGUCGUCGUCCCCAGCGAGAAGUUCCCAAGCCCUGCCAUGGCUUUCCAUCAGAUUCUGGAGACCUCUGAUGUGCCUGGUGGCGUCGUCAACAUCCUGACCGGCGACAGAGAUCAUCUCUGCAAGUACCUCGCUGAGCAUCACGACGUCCAGAGUGUUUGGUAUUUCGGCUCGUUGGCGGGCUCGUGCUUCGUGGAGCAUGCGUCAGCUGACAACGUGAAGCGCACUUGGGUGGACUACGGCCAGGGGCGGGACUGGCAAGACGCUCAGCAGGGCGCUGGUGAAGAGUUUCUCUAUCACUCCACGCAGGUCAAGAACAUCUGGCUCAGCAUGGGCGAUAUCUACGCUAACUAAACUUCCCCGCUAUGGAUUAAUUCUCGCGUGCUACACUGUGCAAUCGAAAAGAUUUGAUCAAUCACGUUAAGUGGUGUGAUCAUGGUCAAUUAGGUAUAUUGAGGCAUAUUUAAGGAUAAGUUCCAGCAAAAUUACCCGUAUUGUGACUUUUAUUAUUUUUUUGCGAUCAUUUACACCCCCUGGGACACCUGGGAUAAGCUUUGAUAUUAUGGCACAGACCUAAUAAAAUGGAUCCCCGGUUAUUGAUCUUUCUAACAGCAUGUAUUGUUUGUUUUUGGAAUUGAAUGGUCAUUUAUUUUUUUUUAAUUCAUUCAUAGUUCUCUGAAUUGCAAUGGCCGGGAUUCAGUUUUCAACUGGUGUGACAUUGUUGAAGGUUACAAUUCGACAUUUCUUUUGAUUUCUUUGAUCGUUUUAGCCAUCUGGGUCAUUAGAGAGGUUACCUUAUAUCUGCUUUAUUUUUACUCUUAAGUAUUUUGGCAUUAUUGUGUAGGUUUUUUAACUCUUGAUUUGCUAAUAUAUCUGUGUCGAUCUUGUUCUUGAAGAAAAAUAUUUGUGUAGUGUAUCCUGCCUUUUGAAUUAUUCAGUCGGUUGAAAGUAUAAAAUUUGUUGCUUUAUCAUAAAAAAUAAAUUCUAAAUGAAAUUGCUUCAAAACUUUGUGCAAGUUAUGUGAAUCAUGACAUUAUCUAGUUAAUCUAUAUUUGUCUAUUCCAUCUGCCCCGAAUCCCUUAAGUUUACUAAGUAGUGGCUUAGCCAUCUACUCGUAUGCGAGUCGUAAAAAGUGCCUUAUCAAACCGCCGACUUGGCGUAGACUCAAGAAAUAUAUUGAAUGUAGAAUAAAUUUAUGGCAUUUGCUAUUUUUUUAUGCGUCUGCGACGAGACUCCACCUCCUGAGAGUUACUGCAAUGGACAGCUUCUUUCCUGUAUAACGUAUCAUUCCUCAUGUCUAAAUUUCCUCUUGAUGUUUAAUUUGUUAGCUUUAGUUCUUGUUUGUCGGGUUUUAUGAUUCUAUAAGUGAUUCGUAUUUGUUUUUAUUUUCAGACAUUAGCUCUAUAGUUGCUCCAAGUUAUGCGCGUUAUUUGAAGGUCUAUUGUUCGAAAAGAAGUUUUAUCACAUAAUUUUUUUUUUUUUUAUUUUUACUUUAAGGUAUUUUGGCAUUAUUGUGCACGGUUUCAUGACUCGUGAUUUACUAAUAUUUAGUACGUAUUUACAUUUUAUUGCAUUGUGUGCCAUUAUGUUUUGUGUGCAAUUAGUUGUUCACUGAAAGCAGCUAUUUUCUGUUAUUAAUUUUCAGCUGCCAAGUGCCUAAUCUAAGUAUAUACUGGUCGCGCUGUUGAGCCGCAUCCUUUGUUUUCCAGAUAAACAAGUGCCUUUUUCCUUACUGUUCAAGUAAGUUUCUAUACUAAGCAAGUAUAUGUAAACAAUUAACAUUCCUACACACUGCCUAAUUUUGCACAAAGUGUCGCUGUAAUACAACCGCGUUUCGCUCAUCAUGUUAAAUUAUACUUCAGAGUCGAAAUGAUUAUUGACGAGGGAACAUUAUGAUCAAUUGAUGAUUCUAACUAUUGCGAUUGUUCUUUCAGUCUUGCUCUUGCUAGUGAUCCCUUCCUUAUGCUCCGGCGUGUUGAUUAAGGAUUACACUACGUGCUCGAAUUUACCUGCAACUUCAUGACUCGAAUAUUUUGUCUGGAAUUAUUAUUUUUUUGUUAUAUACCUAUUAAUUAAUGAACUUGAUUCUUUGACUUCUGCCUUCGCAUGUAUUGCCUCGUAAUAUUUCUAUGUUGGGUUAUUAACGCAACAAAUAGGAAGCUUAUUUUUGGAGCAAAAUUGUUGCGUUUUAUAUCGAUGGUCGAAAAAUUAGGAGUUCAUGGUGCUUGCAUGUUGCAGCAUUAUGAUCUACUGAGAUUCUUCCAAUUUACAUUGUUGCCAAAUGACAGGAGUUCCCAAAAUUUUUUGGACGUUCUGACAUUCUGUUUUGCGUAAGGUCAGGGGCUAGUUCGUACAUAUACAGGGAAUGAGAGGAGGGAGGACAAAUGUUUUAUCUGUGAUGGGGAUGAGAAGGAAACUGUGGAGCACUUGCUGAUGGUGAUGGAAUGUGGGCAUAUGAGAGAGAGCGAUAGUCUAUGAUGGAGGUGAUUCGGAAUGAGGAAGGAAAGAUUGACGAAGUGGAGUAUCAUCCGAGUAUGAGAGAAAAAUUCAAGAGUGCAUGGCAAUGAUUGUGGGCCCGUCUGAAGGGGCAACUGUGCCAAUGUUUGAGAGUGUGAAUUGAGUGUUCGGAGAGAGUGAGGAGGAGGAUUUUGAGAGUGGGGUCUUGAUAAGUAGAGAGUGGAGGGAGGGUAAAGUCGGAAGGUAAAGUUGACCAUUCCGAAUGUUUUGGUACAUUGUUACUGGAUUUUUAGCAUGUUGACGUGUAUAAUUGAAUGUAUUAGUCUAUUAGGAGUAUAAUGAAUACUUGUUGAUUGAACAUUUUUAGCUGCCGAGUGUGCCGUGAACUUUUUAUUUCGUUCUGUUUUAGUUAGUAAAAGAAUUUUAUGCCGCGGUUAUGCUCAAUCGGUUGCAGACGACAUUUUCUCUACUAACCUGAGCUUAUGUGUCAGUAUAUUGAAUGACCUAA